AUGCCGCCCAAGGCCAGUGAAGGGCCACAGCCAGAGAGUAACUCCUGGUCAUUAUUUACUGUGCCUCCCGGAAUCAAAGCCAUUUUCGACAAGUUCCCCUUGACUACAUACCCUGCCAAUGACCUUCCCCAACGAUGUCCGUCCCAGCGCAAUGAGAACCAGCUGUAUGUCUUUACUGAUGCUGCGGGUGCGCGUCGCGGUCGACCUUCAUUCAAUCCACAAUGUCUUAAGUGGCAGGCCUACCUGAAAUUUGCUGGGAUUGACUUCGUGACCACAUCAUCUAAUAACCAUGCCUCUCCAACUGGCGCUUUGCCAUUCCUCCUUCAAGCUCUCCCCGCGGGUACUUCUGGUCCAGUUCCUUCGCACAAGCUCCAAAAAUGGGCCAUAGAACAGGUCCACUGCGAGGAGGAACAACAAUUGAACUUGCGCUUUGAAGUCUACGCCUCUCUCUUGGAUCACCGAAUACGGAAGGCCUGGCUGUAUAUGCUGUAUCUAGAUAAUGAGAAUUUCGAGGCCGUGGCGCGUCGCCUCUACGUGAUUCCAGCAACAAGGAACACCCUCGUCCGGACCACAUUGGCAAUGCAGCUUCAACAAGCCGCAUGCGAUGAAUUGCUCAAAACAUCACAGUACGUCGACGUGGCCGGCUUAGAGGCGGAUGCAGGGAAUGCAUUCGAGGCGUUAUCCGCAUUGCUCGGGGAGGACGAACAUUUCUUUGGCCGGCCCAAUCCUGGCCUCUUCGACGCCAGUGUUUUCGCCUACACACAUCUCAUCUUAGAUGAAGAAAUGGGAUGGAAGCAGAAUCGACUUGCACAGCUGCUCCGCCAACACUCCAACCUUGUACAACACCGUGAAAGACUACUAGGAUUCUUUUAG